AUGAACCACCUAACUAAAGAUAACCGACCACAAUGGGUGACCCUAGAAAACCUAGCUAUUAAACCUUUCCUAGUCGCCAACCUGCUAUGGCUACCUAACAAGAGCAGACCACCUAUUCCGCUGAUACCUCUACAACUUCACCUAGCACUGCAAACUUGGGACUUACAUAGAACGAAAUUCGAAACGGCCCACCCCCUCUCAAUGGCGACGCCCAUCGAGGCCAUCACGUACUGCAUCCCCACCUUCCAUGCCACCCCAUGGAAAGAGAAAGGUAUCUCUUUCCUGUCCCAAGCCUAUGACCCAGGUGGACUGAUGAGCUUCGAGCGUCUCAGUAGAACCUACAAUAUCCCACACACCUCACAAUACUCAUACAUCCAACUUAAAUCCUUCUUGCACAAACUCAACAAGGACAACAAAGUAGAAUCUAAUAAAAUGGGAGACCCCUCCACCUGGGAACAAAUAGGUAUCACGGGUAAAAUUCCUCCACUUUAUAAGCCACUCUCCAAUUGCUAUAAACUAAUUCUGCCAUACCAGUCCCUACCGGGCUCCACACAGGCAAGCCAAUGGGAAAUGGACCUUCAGACCUCCAUCACUGAUAAUCAGUGGAAAACUCUCUGA